ACAGGGCAUGAACUAGCGAAGCAAUUGUUUCGAAUCACAGUUGGCUGAUGCCUUGGGUUUGACGUGGUUGUUGGAGAUAUUGCUUUUUCAAAUUAAAGUUUUGCGAAAUUUUCGUACGUGUUGGGAGUUGUUUUGUUGUGUUCAAAUUAAGUGUAUUUUGAGAGUUUACGAAAUGGCAAUGAAACUACCUCUUCUCAACGUUGGACACAUCAGUACACCGGAGCCGCAUUACGUUCCAGGAUUAAAUACACCAUCAAGCCAUAUUUAUUACACCGGCUACUGUCCACAAUUGAUGUACCGAAUAGGGAAUACAUACUCGUCGUUGUCUCAUAAGUUACUGCUUGACCCGACGGUUUCUCACUCGGAGAAAUUGAUACUUUCUGACCGCUCUACGGAUGAUUAUCACGUACAUCGUCCAACGCUGAAAGAAAUCGAUGCCACUGGAACUAUAGUUCCUCGCCACGAGGAUAUGGACAGUCGUGACGUGACUUACCAAAAGUCACUCAUGCCUGGCUACGAAGGGUUUAUUCCAAAGACGCAGAAUAAAUUUGGGCGACGGUACGCCGUUGUUACUAGCGAAGGUUUGAAUGAGUUUGAACGAGAUUGCCAGCAAACGAGAGCCCAGAUAAAGAAGCUGAGGCAUCGAACAGCACAACCGAUUUCUUCUAUUUCUGAGUUCAGCUAUGGUGAUAGAAUGAAGUUCCUGAAAAACGAUUACCGAUUUCCACUGGAAGCCACUCGACCGGAUGCAUUGGGUGUUAGUAAAGAGGUACCGGUGGAAAAUCUACCUCCGCUUCCAGAGUUACCAUAUAGUCGACACAGUCCUCCGCAUUUCAUGGAGAACAGCAGUAAAGAGAAGUUUACUAUAUUAGGAUACACUGGCCACAAACCGUUCCUAUGGCCGCGCUUCGGUGAACCAAACAUAACACUUACGAAAAAAGCAUUCUGUGACUUCACGAACAGUUACGAACAUCGAAAGAGCACGGAAUGGGUUCCGAUAGCCCCAGCCGGUACGGGGACUUGCCAACCAAGUGCACCAAUUCACCAGAUAUAUAUGAAAAAUAUUGGAUUGGUACCCAGCUAUAUGGGACAUGUGCCGGGAGCUUUGUUCAGGUAUGGUAAAACAUUCGGUAACGACAGUAGGGAUGCUAAAAAGUGUCUGAAAAAAUGUUAUGAAGUUUGAGAUAUGCAUUAGUUAAAUGAAAAUUGCCAUACAAUAUUUGGAAAUAAAUAUUUUUGUUUA